UUUGUUGCAGAUGAUUCUAUGCAUGCUGAAAAUCACGAGGCGGAGGAAGCAGGAACGCUCAGUGAUGUUACAACAGAAACAGACACCACAACAACUUCAGCUGCUCUUAACGGAAAUGUGGAAGGAGAAACAUCACACAAUACUCCAGGAGAGGAAGAACAUGCUUCUGCUAACGGCUUCAACAGCCACCCUGCUGAAGGACUAGGUGCUGGUGGUGUAACUAUGACCUUCCUUGGCUUCAAGGAGGUGGAGCUCGGGCAGGGGGUGGAUGAGGAUGAUGACGGCGGAGCAAUUAUUCGAGCAGAAAGAAUCAUCAUCACAGACGAAGGGGAAGAAAUCCCAGAGGAGGAUGACGAAACUGCUCAAGAACCUACUACAGAGGCUACAAAUGAAGACACAUCCGGAAACUCCAAAGAAAAUGGUGCUGAGGAAGAGAUGGAGAACCAUCCGGAAGCUUCUGCUGAACCAGAGCAGACAGACGUGAUUGAAGAUCCUCCUGCUGAGAUAGUUACAGAUGUAGCAGUGGAAGGCGAGACAAAAGAUCUUCAAGAUCUUGAGGAAGAGGAGAAAGAUUCGACUGAUAUGCAACCCCAGAAUGUAACAGUAGAUGGCGCUAUUGAGGCAUCCCAUGUUCCAAUGUAUUCCACAACACAGCCAUCUCCAAAAAUCAGACCAAAAGUCGAAGCAAACACAACAGAGUCACAAACCCCAAAAGACGAGGAGGUCACGCCUGCCAUGCGCAUCUCGCUCAGCCAAUUUCAGGAGGUUCCACUGGAUGGCGCCGGAGAAACGGCGGAGUCCAACACCAAGGCAGAAACCGAGAAACAGCGUGCUGAACAAGAGCCUCUGCUCGUCUCCAAAGCAGCGGCUCAGCUGGAAACCAGCACCCCAAAUCGAGCAGAGGACGCAAGUGCACCAAAACAAAAAGCCUGCCAAUGCUGUUCGAUCAUGUGAACAAUCUGUUGACGUUUGACUGUGAUUUUUUUUUAUUCUCCAUUCAUUUUCAUCUCGUCUGUUACUCUGAAUAUAGAGUUUGUAUUUCAUGACAUUCAUAUUUUGAUCUUCGGCUGUUCACAUCUACAGUAAACUUGCUGCUUUGCGGUGGCGUCAAAGCACAAAGUGUUUAUUAUGAACUGAAGCCUUUAAGACUUGCAUUGCCUUCACUGUAUUGAAUUCCCAUAACUCUUUUCUGUGUAAGAAGAAGAUUUGAAAAGCACAUUGCCUUGCAGGAAAGGACUGGAAAAGUGAAUUUUGUUGUUG